GUGAAUGUGUUUCGGUUCUUGGCUCGUCGUCUGCGCUGGAGCAUAUAUAAUGUCAUGUACUUCUUGCGAAUUACUGGUUACUGAAAGUUCACGCCUUCAGUUAGAUCAUGUUCGGAAUAGUGCUUCUGGCCGUGGUGGCCGCUGCUGGGGCGGCGCCGGAGAUGCCCGCGGCGGCGAGGGCGCUCUACAACGCCCACCUGUUCGAGGGAGACAUCAAGGGCGUGGCGGGCCAGAAGCCAGGGGAGGAACGGUCAGCCAUCAUUGGAUCCCAGUACCUUUGGCCAGGCGGUGUUGUCCCCUACGUCAUCGCCGGUUUGUACGAACAGCAAAUCCUGGCCGGCAUGCAGGAGAUCAUGGACAAGACCUGCAUUCGCUUCGUCGAGAGAACCACCGAGUCAGACUACAUCUACAUCACAACUAGUGGAGUUAGUGGCGGCGGAUGCUGGUCUUACGUGGGCAUGAUGGGCGGCUGGCAGGAAGUGUCCUUGGACCAGUACGGUUGCAUCUACCACGGCACUAUCAUCCACGAGCUCAUGCACGCCAUCGGCUUCUUCCACGAGCAGUGCCGGAAGGACCGCGAUAAUUACGUCACGAUCAAUUAUCAGAAUAUCGAUCCAUCAAUGGCCUACAACUUCGACAUCGAUCAGAACUCCCAGUACGUUGGCGAGAACUACCAGUACGACAGCAUCAUGCACUACGGCAAGUACGCCUUCUCCAUCCAGUGGGGCGUGCUGGAGACCAUCGUGCCUCUCCAGGACGGCGUAGACCUCACGGACCCUUACGACAAAGACCACAUGCUGCAGACCGACGCCAACCAGAUCAACAACCUGUAUGCCUCUGAGUGUGCCAGUAGGAAAGACUAAUGUGGAGAACUGACGGAAAGCUUAUGAAGAUGCCAUUAACCCUUUGAAAUUCAUUAAAAUUCUCUGUAUCUA